GAGCUAGUUGAGAAAUUUUAAUGAAUUGCCCGGUGUUUACCACUAAAAAAUUAUUUAAUACAACAUUGGUUAUUUUCAAGGAGUGGUAGUGGUUUAUAAGAGGGGUCAAACAUGAUGUCAUGCAAGAGGGGUCAAGUACCAUGGCCACCUACCUACCUUGCACUCGGGGUAUCAAGCAUGAUGACGUGCAACCACACCCUUUGACCCACCAAACACUCACCCCUCACGCAAGGGGGGCCAAGUGCCAAAAUUUGGCUAAGUAUGGAGAUCCAACCACAAGGGGGGUCAUGCCUGACAUCGUCCAAGGGGGUCAAGCACCAGGUACCAUGAUACCCAACCACAAGGUGGGUCAAGCAUGACAUCAUCCCAGGGGGGUCAUGCAUGACACCACAAUGGGGUCAACGUGCCGUGCAAGGACAUCAUCACGAGUAGCAGACAUCUCAUGGGUAGUUAUGUAAGUCAUGUAUAUCAUCACAUGAUACACCACCUUGUCAAGACCAUCAAACCCCCCUAAGCACCCUGGUGUCGAGCAUGACGUCAUGUCAAAGUGGUUAGCAUGAGUACCACCAAGGGUGAGGCCUUCACUCACCAAACAAGACACCUCCACGACACAAAGGGGUUAGCUAUCAAGUGAAGUCAUCAAGUGGCAAGCACGCAAGACAGUCAAGGCGUCAAGCAAGCUACAUCAAGCACCAAACAGUGGAGCAGCGGUUACCAAGAGGCAAUUGCACGACGGUUACAAUGAAUGACUAUAAAUAGGAGAAACUAAAACGAAACAAGGGUUCGACAACUAAACAUUUGACGCACAAUGUUAAAAUUUAUCUUUUCUCUGCAAAUUAUCCUUAACUUUUAGUUUUUCUGGAGCUCUCACUGAACCUCCAUAGGAGUAGAGUAACGUAAUUUAGCUUUGUUCCCAAAAAACCAUAAAAAACAUCAAACACCCUCGUUCGAACAUUGUUCGGAGAGGUGUGAACCGUGUUGAUUUUUGUUGUUCAAGAAGUCAAAGGUACAUUUAUUGAAAUCAAACACCAGAUUUUCCUCGCCGGAAAACACCCGAAAAUGUCAAAUAAUUUUUAAUGAACAAAUCAAAUCACGACAAUCUAAAACAUCAUCGAUUAAACGAGUUGAUAGAUUUGGUUGAAUUCCUCGUACAAGAGGUACAACAAUGCAAUACCCUCCUCUCCUCCCUUCUCAAUUAGUACAAAUUGAACUUAUAUGAUAACGUUAAAGAAACAAGUUCAGUUUGCAUUAUAAAGAAAAUUAAAAAAUAUAUAUAUAAGUAAAAACUGAAUUUCUAUUAUAAACGUAGUACAAAUUCAGUUUGUGCUAAAAAAUUUUAAACCAAAUCAUCAAUUAUGUAAAACAAUAGAAAAUUUGUUUGUCGUAUAACCUCUUACUAUUGGAGCAUGCGAAAUUUAUUUAUACUUUGAACAAUUACAAAGCUCAGCGGAUUUGAAAUUUAUUUAUAUUUGUGUCAUCAUAUCAUCUAAUCCAGUUACCGUCCCCCGAUAGUUUUUGUGGCCACCUUUAGGCUUUAACUUCCCUUUCUCAGGGAGCUCCUUUCCAGCCUCUCCUUGCCCAACAGAACCCGAUGAUAUCUUCCAUGAGCAGGCUCUUCGCACCUGUCAAUGUCAUCUCCGCUUCAUCAUCUUCUUCUUCUACUCCGUCUAAAGACGAGGGCUACACUUUGAAGAAGUCAGUUAAGCUAAGAGAAGACUGGAGGCAACGCUCCAAACCCAUCCCGCCUGGUGGCACCUACCCAGCAAAAGAGCAUUGCAGCCAAUGUGGGUUGUGUGAUACUUACUACAUCGCUCAUGUGAAGAAUUCCUGUGCUUUUCUAGGAGAUGGGAUGUCUAGAGUCGAACAUCUCGAACCAGUUGUACAUGGUAGAGGGAGGAAGGCCGAUUCUCUAGAUGAAACCUACUUAGGGGUUUACGAUGAACUAUUGUAUGCUCGAAAGACCAAUCCAGUAGAAGGAGCUCAAUGGACUGGUAUAGUAACCACAAUUGCCAUCGAAAUGCUGAAAUCUGGCAUGGUUGAGGCUGUUGUAUGUGUACAAAGUGAUCCAGAUGACAGACUUUCCCCAAUGCCUGUCCUAGCCAGGACUCCCGAAGAAGUUCUGGCUGCCAGAGGUGUCAAACCAACUUUAUCACCCAACUUAAAUACCCUUGCACUGAUUGAGGCUGCUGGGGUAAAACGUCUUCUCUUCUGUGGUGUGGGCUGCCAAGUGCAAGCAUUAAGAUCUGUGGAGCAAUAUCUGAAUUUGGAGAAGCUUUAUGUACUGGGCACCAACUGCGUUGAUAAUGGAACUAGAGAAGGACUUGAUAAAUUCCUAAAGGCUGCAAGUACGGAACCAGAAACAGUCCUUCAUUACGAAUUCAUGCAAGACUAUAAGGUUCAUCUGAAGCAUUUGGAUGGCCACAUAGAAGAGGUUCCUUAUUUCUGUCUGCCAGCAAAUGAUUUAGUGGAUGUUAUUGCACCGUCUUGCUACAGCUGUUUUGAUUACACAAAUGGUUUAGCGGAUCUAGUUGUUGGAUACAUGGGUGUACCCAAAUAUCCCCAAGUUAGUAUGACAAACCAUCCGCAAUAUGUUACAGUCAGGAAUGAGCGAGGAAGAGAAAUGCUCAACUUAGUGAGAGACCUAUUGGAUGUUACUCCAACAAUCAGUAGCGGUAACAGAAGACCAUUUGUGAUGGAGACUGUCAAGGCAGAUGACAAUGCAAAGCUAGGGAAGGGCCCUGCUCAACCUGCUCCAAAGCUUGUUGGGAACUUGAUCGCAUUUAUACUAAACUUGAUUGGGCCAAAGGGUCUCGAAUUUGCUAGGUAUUCGCUAGACUACCAUACUAUAAGGAACUAUCUGUACACGAACCGUACCUGGGGAAAAGAGAGAGCUGAUAGACACAUGCCUUCAUACGCGAAGAAACUCGUUGAACUGUACAACCAAAAAGGGGAAAUCGAUGACAUGCUACAGAUCAAGUGACAGUUUUCUGUUCAUAUUUGAGUACAUACAUAGUCCUGGUAGCACCUCGCGGCUAGCAGUUCUUUAGAGAAAAGAACAUCUCUCGUUCUGAUGGAUUGAGAGGCAAUGAAAUUACUUGAUAGUAAAGAAAAUGAAAAGAACACUUAGAGCUUGAAUUCCUCUGGAAGCCUAUCCAUCACCCAGAAAGCUGUUUGUGACAUUGAUCUUUCAGGAAACUGUCAACCCUCUAGAAAACUCGACCAGCCAGCCAACUGCAAGUAAUUAAAGAUAAUAGGCAUUGAAUUGAAUCUAGCCUUGCAUGAAAAUUCACAACGAAGUCAAACUACAAGUGAUAGAUGCACAAGGUUGGAGACAACUUGUCUCCAGAUUGAGAAGUCUCUUAAACUCGAAGAGUAUAAAAUGGUUGAAGGAACGGCCAUGGAAGUGGAAUUCAAUUCGCGUUUGGAGUUGAGAGAAACAACAUGGAAUGGGAAGGCCGCGUGCCCUAGUUGGGGAAACUGGACAAAAAACAGUUGGGAGUUUUUAAUGGCCAUAUGUGCUGUAAGUGAGACUAGAAGCUGGUCCAUUGUUUUCCUACAAACUGUCAAAUCUUUGCUUCUUCUGUAUAGCUUAAAGACAAAGUUGACCCAAUAAAGUUAUUACAAGGAAUCUGAGGUGCUCAUUCAUUAGAGUGCAGACAAUGAUAUUUAUUCACUGAGAUAGCCUUGGCCAGUACUGGAACUCCAUUUCAAGUAUUUUUUUUCUUUCUAUUUGGUCCCGAUGAAGGGUUCCUAUCUACUUAAUGCUGUACUUGACUAAUUGGAAUCUGUUAGUUCGAGUGACAUGAAUAGAAAGUUGAAACCUGCUGCUACUGUUUUAAAGCUUGAUAAUGUGAAUCAAUUAAGCAAGGUUUAAGAAGACGUUAGGCGGCGCUAAGCAAUCGUUUUAGGACUCUGCUUAGUGCCUAACACGUCUAACGGUGUUUUAGGCAGCAACGUCUAGGUGUUUUAUAAGUUUUAUCUCGAGUUCAAUUUCAAAUGAUUAAUAACUUAACUAACCAUCAACAAACAAGCAAGGCAUGUCAUGAUUUCACGGAAUGACAAAUUUAUACAAGUAGUGGUGGGUUGUGGACGGUUCGACAAUGAUGAAGAGUAGGGCAAAGGGUCGAGUUGAAUAUAGGGUGGUUGGAGAUGACGUUGUUGUGGAAAUAUUAGCUGAACAUUAUUAUUCUUAUUCUUAUUAUGUCAACACGGUUAAGCGUGACUCUCUAUUAAUCAUGCCUCAUGUUGAUUAAUCGUGCCUAGCUCGCUCUAUUUAGGAGGCGUCCAGGCGAUAGAAACGCCUAAUUGUCUGCUUAUAGCCCAAGUCUCAUUGUCUAAUGCCUAGAAUAAUCGGGAUUGAGCUACCUUGAUCGUUUUUGUUCUGCAUGUAUUGAAUCAAAGGCAUGGGUUGCUCAUAUGGGUUGUCUGUUUUCUCUAGAAAAUAAUUUGUUUUGUGGAGAGGAAAGAACGCUAAAGGUGGUGGCUGAAAUUGAAGAUUCAACCAUAAAACAAAAACAGACAGAUAGAAAAGAAAGAAAGAGGAAUGGAAAGCAGUGAAGGAAGGAAUUGUGGCUUGGGUUUGGCCAUGCAUGUUGGUCUUGGGAGUCUUAUUUUCACUUAGAACUAGUGUUAUUAUUGUGGAAGAAAGACGUACGCAGCACUCGACGGUGGCGGUGUGGCGGUGGCCGUAGCGAUAUGGUUGUGGGAAUGCACGUGCGUGACCUAAAAACCAUAAUAGGGUGAAUGUCCAAUCGAUUUGGUUUAUAACCGGAUUGAAUCGAGAUAAGAUCGAAGCAGAAUUAAAGAAAAAUUGGGGACAGGAACUUGACUAAAAAUAUGUUCGAUUCAUUUGGUAUGUACGUUCUUAUUCAAUUUCGGUUCAUUUUUACUUCAUAUUUAAAAUGAUUUGUAUGAUAACAAUUCGGAUUGGUUCAUGUAUCAAACUCAUUCAAUGAAAACAAUUAUAUGAU